CAAGGCCUUUCACAUGUGAACCGUCGUGACGUUUAUCGACGUCGUGGUGCUGGGUCCCGGGCUGGAUCUUCCUGUUCUAUUGUGCGAGUGUGUUUCAGAGAGGGCUUGUGAGUGUGCCUAGAGAUGCGUGGACGGUAAGGACGGUAAGGUCUUUGUCGAUACAUCUGUAGGACAGGAAGCAGUGCUGGAGCCACCAUUACUGCUUGUCACAAGAUGUCGGGAUUUAUCUAUGGACUCUUUACAAUUCUGUUUCUGGUGGUUUUCGGGACAGUGGAAGGUGUGACGGAGAGCGGGAUCCUGAUGUUGGUGCCAGCAGGGGGCAUGUAUGAUCCAGCCAAACUCUGGGAUACUGACAUCAGCAGCCUGGUAGGGGUAAACGACUGCCCGGAUGACGAAUCACUUGAUGUUGUGGACUUGGCUCUGAAAGGCACGUUCCGCAGCGAACGGAUGUUCAACUUGAGCUACUAUGAAAACGUCACGGUGACGAUGCACGUGUACAACGACCACGGUGAAGAGAUACUGAAGACCGGAGUCUGCCCUUACACCGAUAGUUACCAAAUGGCAUGUCCUUACUCGGGAUCCGAUGUGAUCACGUCAGACUUUACUUUGUUUGACGGGUUUCGCCUGCACACGAAUAACACUGACAACACGCUCGUGGCCAUCGUUAAUCCUCGCCACUACCUUAGUGACACCCUCAACGGGGUGGAGAUCCUCAUCUCUACGGGGGCAACUCUACAAGCCAUGCCGGUUCCAGGUUACAACGGCUGCUACUCAGUACCUUCGGGCACAGCGGACGAUAUCCAGACAAAAAUGAACAUCAGGAAAUGCUACGAAUUUUGCACGACAGAAUAUUUCGCAAUACAGGGUACGUCCUGCUUCUGCGUGGCUGACAAUGGCGGAGUCCCUGCCGGCCUUACCGUGGCACAAGACUCGGACUGCUCCAUGCUUUGUGCCGGGGACAACGAACAGCUCUGCGGCGGCCCCACCUCCAGCAGCGUGUUCGACAGGGCGGCAUUUGCAGAAUACGUCAACUUUUAUCAGGGUUUAAACGCAACGACCGAACUAGGCACCGUCACCAUUAACAGCACAAGUCUAAAGACGUUCCCGACCACGGAUUAUGUGAGCGGUGCGAAGGUUGUUGAGGAGGAAGAAUGUCAGCUGACCAAUUUGUACUUUGACGUGCAGCCGCCCACGUACAACCUCAUGGUCUCCGGUUCUUGCUCCACGACCCCUGGGUCACUCCAUGCCGUGCUGGACGGGACGGGGCAGGUGGAGACGUUCGGCGCCGUCAAGAGCGGCUGUGUGCUAUUGGAGCCCGGGGACAACAACUACACCUUCCCCCGCGCAACUAUCUCCAUACUAGGGCCGUCUGGUGAGGUGGUGAGUGUUGGAGGCAUGUUCGUCAUCAGAGGCACGUGGACCAUUCCAGAGAUCUCGUCCUCCAUAUUGUCCUCGACUGAGUCAUCGAUGAUAGAAUCAUCCAGCAUUGACAUGUCUUCGUCUGUCGAGAUGUCAAUGACGAGCAUCGACUCGUCAACUAUAGAUACAAGCCUCAUGAUGUCCACCACAAUGGAGAUGUCGUCAAGUACGCCAGACAUCCCUGUAACGACCGGCGACAACGCCGGUCAGACGACCAUCAACCCCACAGCAACCGUGGGCGCAACAGUUGGGGGUGGAAGCACAGCUGGUGGAACAGCGGCCGGUGGGACAGUGGGCGCAACAGCUGGGGGUGGAAGCACAGCUGGUGGAACAGCGGCCGGUGGGACAGUGGGUGCAACGAUGGGAGCAACAGCAGGUGCGACGGCAGGUGCAACAGCAGGUGCGACGGCAGGUGCGACUGCAGGUAUGACAGCAGGUGCAACGGCAGGUGCAACGGCAGGAGCCACAGCCAGCGCUACCGUUGGUUCUGGGGGUGUAGCGCCAACGACAACACCUGGCGCUGGUACUGGCGGAAGCGCUUCAACCCCUGGCCCAGUGGCAUUCUACAGCCCAGACGGUCGUUUGAUCUACGAGGCGUGUACAUGCCGCUGCAAAGCGCCUCCGCUGAAGCCCAAUCAGACGCCGUUGGAGGCGGCGGUGGAGAGAGCGGAACAGGUAUCCGAGGAGUUGCACCUGGACCCCAGGAACCUCUCGGCUACCAUCCGGAAGAAGGAAAGCGCUAGCGAUGAACGUCCCUCGGCCUCAGCCGGUGGCUACGUGGCCUGCCUCCUGUUGAGUGGCAUUGGAGUGGCGUUCCUCCUGGCUGAUGCUCUCUCAAUCAUGACGCACCUGCAUCUCCUGAAGUCUAAUGUCAGCUCGUUCCUUGGCAAGGCGUGAAGCUGUAUAUUCAUUAAGAAAUUAAUUAAGUCGGCCACAUGUGGUAGUAUGUUGUUAACGACGACCCGUACUCAAAACAGCACGAUAUACGUUGUUGUUGUGUUGUGUGGGGUUAUUGGUGAGAACUGGUUAUCAUGGAAAGUGUCAACACCUUUGAUGUACAGAUAGUGUAAUAUUUUUGCAAUCAAAUACAAAGAGUCCGAAGUUUGCAGAUGAAGUCCAUCGAAAACACACACAUAUAUAAUACAUAUACAUAUAUAGGUGUGUUGGUGAUGAAAACGAUCCUGAAGUUUAUUAUUCCAGUACGAAUGUAUGUAUGUGACGUUGCACUGUGAUUUGUAUCUCUGACGUUCAACGCCUACAGUUGAGAGAGUACCCAUCAAAUGAUACAUACAUUCACAUGCAUACACCACACACAAACACACCCACACACCGAUACCUACCACCCCACCACACACCCAAU